AAAAUUAUAGUCUGUCUGUGUGAAUAUCCACCUUGUGUUAGACAGAGAUAAGAACAACAUCCCCCCCUCCAGAAAGUGAGAUGGGUAGAUAGGGACAACUGAAAUGGACCGGAGGGGCAAGAUAACGACAUGGUAUACCGCCUUAUUAUACUAGGCCUCUGGGUUACAUAUAAAAUGAGCUCAUUACAACUUCUGCAAGAGAGGAAACAAGCUGCUACCAAGCAGUGUUUGGAGUAUCAUCAUACCCAUGGAGGACAGGGGAGAGGGGGGAGAGCCUGCAGCCGGUCUGCACUUUGUGGGCACAAAGGAAGACCUGAUAAAAGCCAAGCGGUCGUUCAGGACCCUGGAGGGCAGGGACAUACUGGUGCUCUAUCACCAGGAGAUUUUCUAUGCUCUGGACUUCCACUGUUACCAUGCUGGGGGACCAUUGCAAAAUGGAGACAUAGAGGAAUUUGACGGCAAGCUGUGCAUAGUGUGUCCAAAGCACAAGUACAAGAUCUCUCUCGCUGAGGGGGAGGGCAUCUACAGGGCCACCAACCCUUAUGCUCCAGUGCCCACAAAAAGGUGGUACUCCAAGGGCAUCAAGCAAAGAGUCCACACGGUGACCGAGACUGACGGGGACGUUUAUGUCACACUGUCCCACAUGUCCCGUUUUAUCGAGUCUGACUACUUCCAGGGUGAGAAGGGCAAAGUAGAGAGGGAGAGAAUGGAGGCCGAAGAUUCUUCUAAGAAAUCUAACACAACCUCCUGAUGGACUGUAUGUCAAUAGUCUAAAAUGGCUUCCUCUCCUUGCCUCCUCAUCUGCACUGAUCUGAAGGGAAGGUAAAGGAGGGAAGGAGGCAUGGAGAGGAAGCCAGGUCCAACUAUUAACAUACAUUUGGGGUUUUCCUAAAGUUUACUUGUCUUCAAAUGGGGAUGUAGUAAUUAUGGCAACCUUGACAUUUGAUUUGUGUCCAGAGACUUGAGCAGCCAAUCAGAUCUCUGACAUAAAUAUGCUAAAGGCAGGAUGUGAGUGAACUGAGUUUAAAAACGACCAAUCACAUGUUUCCUUAAUGUAUGGGGUAGGGGUAACGUUAUUGUUUUUUUUUUGUGUACAUUUCAUACAUUCCACAAGAAUCUGUUUUUAUGUGUUUUAGGCUAUCACGUUACGUUAUCUUAUACAGAUUAUCUCACUCACUGCUCAGCCGACUUGUGAAUUGUAGCUCCUUCUCACGUGGGAUGAGUUAAGUCUACAGAGCACAACACUCCUGGGGUUCAGUAAUAAAGCUAAUAAAAUGAG